AUACUAUACCGAGGGCUCAGAGUUCAUUUUAUCUGCAUCGGGUUUAGUGUGUGUUUGGAAAGGUCCUACGACCCAUCGCAAUCUAAAAGGAGAUACACUGAUGUUAAACACUUUCAACGACACCUUGGAACACUGUGGGACAAUGGCGUUCAACUCGAGGCAAAUAUUAUCGUAGCAAUACGUAGACCAUAAACAGCAAUGUUUAUGUUACAUGUCACUAUAUUCUUUGUGAUUCGAAUCGUCGAUCAUAACGUAAUCGGAUGUGAACACUACACGGUAAAAGGGUCAUCAUCAUACGAUUCUGGCAACAUAUCGUCGCCACAGUUUCCUGCUGCAUUUCCGGAUGGACCAUACAUAUGUACAUAUACCAUAAGUCACAGUGCUGGCGGAAUCGUGGCUUUACAGUUUCAUGAUUUUAUAACACAGGGACAAAUUAAUCACGAUUAUCAAUGUUCAGAGGAAAUCUACAUAUACGAAGAUUCCAGGAAGAACGCAAAGCACUUUUGUUCACAACUCCCGAUAAUAUUUACGUCGACUUCAUCGACUGUUAUUGUGGAAUUCAACGUAAAACAGAAAAAUGAUUACAAAGUUUCUGGAUUUAAAGCGACUUUCAACUUUCUGAAUAACACAAAUAUUGCACACAGCAAAUCAAACGCUUCAAGUGUACACACUCUAAACGAAGAUUACAGUCCGCAGUAUUCGUACACCAAAGGAGGAUAUAUAGACUUUUAUAAAGAUCCGUUUGGGGGAAUUCAACGUCUCGCGAUAAGAACAAAUAACAUUUACAUAUGGGUGAUUCGCGCUUUAGAAGAUCACGUGGUCAGCUUUUUGGUCACGGAUUUAGUCAUUCUUGGAAUUGAAGUCCAUCCAGCAGAUUCAGUUAUCGUUGUACGUGAUGGUUUCACUUCCGAGGGAAAUACAAUUGGAAUGAAGAAAUACCGUUCGAAUGACGAAGAAACAUAUUUUUAUAGAAUAGACUCGUCUACUGAGGGACUUCAUAUCACCAUGGAUACAAGUUCUUUGCAAACGAGACGAUUUGUUGCGAAGUAUACAUCAGUAAAGAGAAAACUAGAGACUGAAAUUUGCCCUGAAGGAUAUCACAGUUGUCUUGGCAACCGUUGUAUUGGACAAACGGCCCUGUGUGAAGAUAGACGAUUUUGUGGGGAAAAAGGAAGAAAGGUCGACAUUCUUUGUGGCAACGAAGAUGGAGGCUUUUGUAAGAACGAUGGAGAUUGUAAAAAUGCAGGACAUUGCUUCGGAACGGGGAGUUACUGUUUCUGUAGACCGGGUUUCGGCGGAGAUUACUGCGAAUACAAUUUGUUGGAUUGUGUACCUAGUUGUAUGAAUGGUGGUGUUUGUAAUAGUGGGGCUUGUGAAUGUCCGAAGAAUUAUUCUGGACGUCGAUGUGAAGUCGCUAUUAUAAUAAUUACGGAGUAUUCAUGGGUUGGUUUCUUCGUGGGAAGUCUCACAUAUGUUGUAAUUACUGUAACUGUGGUGGCGGUGAUUACUAGGAAGGUUAUCAAAUAUAAACGAAUACAGAGACAAGGUAAUACUGCAUCGAGAAGUGAAACUGGACAGGAGCUUCGGCCUUUAACAGAAGUAAGUGCGACGGAGAUCGCAGAAGGGGCUCAGCAUGGACCAUUUGUGGAAGGAGAAGUGUGACUUUAAACGUCGUUAAAGGAAAGGUCAUCACCUAGAUGCGAUUUGUUAUUGAGUAAAACGUAAUAUAUUUGCAGCAGGUAAUACCGAGAUAUUGAUAACUGAAUUUGAGGAAGUAAUGGACGUGGUGCUAAGACCAUUUUAAUUAAUUAUAUUUUAAUUUGGUCUACAAUCCUAUAUGAAAACACAAAUAUAAUUCAAGUUAUAUCGUGCUUGUCUUCUGUAAUAGUAUACAGUAUUUACACGCAUUUUUGCCAAUAGAUUUUAUCUGCUGCGCUCUUAAAUGCGACAUGUGUCAAAUAUAUAGGAGGUCUAUAUUUUUUAUUUUAUAUACGUGACUGCAAUUAUUACUAUUUGCGUGUGCCGGAGACUUCCCUUAAUUCAUACUGCUGAUAUAUCAUUGCAACACUAGUAUUACACCCAAAUGGCCAGCCUGAGUGUGUAAGGCAAUGAUCGUUAUAUGUACCCUGGUCACUAACAAGUUAUUAAUAGUCAAUGUUGGUUUUCUGUGAUUAUGUUGUCAUAUACACAUAGUUGAACUCAUUGUUGAAAUAACGAAUAAAUGUUUAUCGUUGCACAUCA